AUGUAUUUAAUAUUAAUAUACAACUAUUUUAGUUGUUCAUUAUUAAUUUGUGAUAAAAUGAAGAGAUUACUCCAAAAUUUAUUAUUAUACAUAUUAUACUGUAUAUAUUUAAAUUAUUGUUAUGCUGAUUUACAUGGUGAAAAAUUAAGUAAAUCUGAGUUUGAUACAUGUGUUCAAGAAUGUGGUAAUCAAUAUGAAGAAUGUUCUAAAGCAAUACGUGAAUUAUGGAGAAAUUUUCAAAAAAAUAAAAAACAAAUUAUGAAAGUUAUGAAUAGUUGUUGUUUACGUGGUCAAGGUGAUCAUUCACAACCAUCAACAUUAAGUUUUGCUACAUGUGUACGUGAUAGAUGUGGUGCAGAAUUAUGGGGAUGUAACAUUAAGAAACGUCAUAGUGGUUUUCUAACUGAACAAGAAAUUGAAUAUAUCAAACAAAAAGAAUCUCGUCAAAAAAAGAAAACUUCACAAUAA